CGCAGAGAGAGAGACCCACAUUGUCAUCCGUUGCCUUCGGCUCUCCUGAAUCUUCUCCUGCAUGUCACUUGGUCUACACCUUUCGUCCAGUUCUAGGUCGCCCCGCGAUAUAUUCUAUAUUCUAUUAGGGGUCAGAGUCUUACUCGGAAUUUUCAGGUAUGUUUUUAACUUGACUUGCCAGUCUUGCCGCUUGCCCCAUACUUUCUGUGCAGUCUAAUUUAUUCCCUCCUACUAUCAUUUACCCCUUAUCCAUCAUAGUAAUAUCUUCUAUUUAUCGUGCUGCUACCUGGGUAGUUCAACACUUG